AUGGGAAAGAUGUCAAGUUCAGAUUCAACAAGUACUUCAAAUUCACCAGCUAUAGAACAGAUCAAACACGAACAACCAGAGGCUAUGACUACCUCUACCAGUGCUUCUUUCAACAAUCAAAUGGAUAGUCCUGCCGCCAGUACCCAUUCUUCUAUAAGUUCAAAUUCAAUAAUGAGUGGUGUUUCUUUACCUCCAAUUGGAUCUAUAUUAAAGAAUAUUGAAAGUUAUCAAAAUCAACAACAAUUAAAUGAUUCACAAUUAUUACUGGAAUUUAAUCAAAGAAAUUCAAUAAGUGAUUCAACUGAUAAAUAUACUUUCCAAAAUAAUCAACAUCGUUCAGAAUCAACAAAUUCAAUAGAAAAUUUCCAAUCUGAAUUAAUUAAAAAUGAAGAAAAUAUUAAUGAUCAACAACAACAACAACAACAACAACAACAACAAAGACCAAUAAAUUUAAAAACUCAAUCUCAACCUUCAAUUCCUCAAAUUUCAUCAAAUUUCCAACAUUAUCAACGACCAAAUUUACCAAAUAGAAAAACUUCAUCUUUUACAAAAACUUUACAACAACAACAACAACAACAAUCACAAGCACAAGCACAACAGAACCAACCCCAACCACAGAUUAAAGAUGAAGAAUCACGUCCAGCAACACCAAACUUAACCAUAUCAACAUCAACAAUUAGUGAAUCUGAAGAUUUAGAUUCUCUUUCACGUGAAGCAUCAGUUGAUUCAGGUAUAGAAUCACCAGGAUCAAUAAAUUCAAAUGGACAAAACAAGAAAAGAACAAAUUUACCAAGAGAAACUAUUGAAAUAUUAAAUGAAUGGAUUUUAAAUAAUAUGGAUAAUCCUUAUCCAAAUCAUACUCAAAAAAGAUAUUUAUUAGAUAAAACUGGAUUAAGUAAUGUUCAAUUAAGUAAUUGGUUUAUUAAUAAAAGAAGAAGAAGAUUAUUUAGUAAUUUAAGUGGGAAUAAUGGUCAACCUAUUAAGAAGAAGAGAUUGAUUGAUAGAUUAUAA